CUUUAGGUAAAUGAAAUUAAAAGCAGAGUGCUAAAAGAAUGGCAGCUGGUAAACCAUUACAUGAUCUAGCUGAGGAUUUAUUGUGUUCAGUUUGUCUGGACUUGUUUAAAGAAGCUGUAGUGCUGGAAUGUGGACACAGUUUUUGUAAAUCCUGCAUAGAUAAAGUCUGGGACAGUGAGAAAAUUCCCUCCUGUCCUGAAUGCAGAGAGGUAUUCUCAUCUAAAAAGUACACAGUGAACUGGCAGUUAUGCAAAGCUGUAGAGAGUAGUCAGAGGUCACGGCAGUAUGAGAAAGAAGAAAUACCAAACCAGGAGCAAAAAAGUCACUACCUGCUUGGGUCACAUGAGUGCACAGAGCACAAAGAGGUGUUGAAAGUGUUCUGUCAAGACGAUGGCUGUCCUGUGUGUGUUAUCUGUAUGAUAUCAUCUAAACAUAAAGGGCAUACAUUCAUACCCAUAUUGGAAGCAACCAGCAUGUUUCAGGACAAGCUGAAGAAUACUGUAUCUUCUCUAGAAGUGAAAAUGAAACAUCUCAAAGAGUGUCAAAGCAGUCAGGAACAGAACAUCUCUGCUGUCAAGGAUGAUGCCCAAAGCUUGGAACAGCACAUUACAUCAGAAUUUGCAAAGCUGCGACAGUUUCUCCAGGAUAAGGAGCAACGGAUGAUCCAACAGCUCAAAGUGGAAGCUGCAGAAAUUCUGGAAAAGAUGACAGAAAACUUAGAGAAAAUUGAAGAAAUGAACAAAACUCUUCAGAAGAAUAAAUCCAACAUUGAAUCAAAGAUGUGGCAAGAAGACUCUAUACUUUUUCUCAAAGGCAUCACAGAUGAAAUAAAAAGACUAGAAGAGGAAGAGGAGGAAGAAAACCAAACAAAUGAGAGGAAAGGUGUAUUUAAUGCUGAACUGGUUUCUGGCAGCCUAAGUCUUGGGGUAUACAGAGGCCCCCUGCAGUACAGCAUUUGGAAAGAAAUGCUGUCUGUCAUCAGCCCAGGCCUGUCUCAUCUAACCUUGGACCCUAACACAGCACAUCCUUGGCUUACUCUGUCUAAGGACCUUACCAGUGUGACACAUGGUCUUGUUCAACUACAGCUCUCUAACAGCCGUAAAAGAUAUGAUUCACAUCACUGUGUGCUGGGAUCACAGGGCUUCACAUCAGGAAGGCAUUACUGGGAAGUGGAGGUGGGGUGCAAGCCUGACUGGGAAUUAGGUGUUACCAAAGAGUCCAGCAACCGGAAGGGGAUAAUUGCAAAGAAACCAAAGGAUGGAUAUUGGGUAAUCCAUCUGUCAAACAAGAUGUACUACUCUGUGGGUUUACCAGUCCCAUUUCUUGGACUAAGUGUGAAUCCACAAAAGAUUGGAGUGUACCUGGACUAUGAGGGAGGUCAGGUGUCAUUUUACAAUGCAGAUAACAUGUCCCACAUCUACACCUUUACUGAUACUUUCACAGAGAGACUUUACCCUUAUUUUUGGGUUGGAUCUUAUUCAAAACCACUAAAACUAUUUCACCUAAAGCUGUAAUGAUGAUUUGCACAUAGCAAUGUUUAUUGUCAAGGAAAUUACUGAUGCAUCCAAAUGUCUAUAAAAUACAUUUUAGUCACUGUAUAACAAAGUAGAAAUAUACCUAUUUCAGAACUGCUAUAAUGGUGCCAUGUACACAGUAGAAGUAUAUUUAGAAGUGACCGAUAUUAGUGGCUAAUUAAACAGUUACAUGAAAUUAAUUAAUUGUACUGCACUCCUAAUACACAAGUGUUAUUUACUCCGGGGGUGGGGUGUGGUGCUGAAGCAACAUUUUUACAUGACUCCUAACAAAAAAUUGCAUUUGCUCCAAGUAAAAGUCUGAACAUUAUAUAUAUAUAUAUAUAUAUAUAUAUAUAUAUAUAUAUAUAUACACAUCACUACUCAUGGUGCAGACUUAAGUCAUACAUAUGUAAUUUCUGCUUGUGGAGCCAUUUGUUUGCAAAGUUAGGACAUAAGCAGUCACAAAUUUCAGCUCUACUCACUGGCAGCUUUGGAAUGUUGAAACUGUAGUACUUUAGAUAUCAGUUAGUGUUUGCUCUGAACUUUCUCAAACAUUCUAGACUUGUAAAUUUCACGAAAAGCUACAAAUCCCUGCUUAAUCAACUAUUUACUAAAUGUU